CUGCUCCUCCUGCCGCCGCCGCCGCCGCUGCCGGGCUCCGCUCCGCCUCGCCAGCCCCGAGCCGGGUGCCCCGGCCCUGCCGCUCCUCCCGGCCUCCGCAGUCCCGGCCCGGCGGGCGGCCGUGCCGCCGCCGUGCCCCGCGAUGCUGCAGUGCAAACACGCGCAGGAGUUCAGCUUCGGGCCCCGCGCUCUGAAGGACGCGCUCAUCUCCACCGACCCCGCGCUGCAGGAGCUCUACGCCAAGGCCUUCUCCAGGGCGGAGAAGCUGUUCCUGUCCGAGGCCUACAACCCCCAGCGCACGCUGUUCUGCACGCUGCUCAUCCGCACGGCCUUCGACUGGCUGCUCAGCCACCCCGAUGCCCCCGAGGACUUCGAGACCUUCUACCACGCCAUGCUGAGGAGGAAGCAGAACUUCUGCUGAAAGCACAUUUACCUGCAGCCUAUAGAUUUAAUCGAAGGCCCCGCUGGGCUCUCGCUGCUGGAUUCCCUCCAGAGCUGUGUGGAGUCUUUCUUCCUGGGCCUGCGUGUGAAGUGCCUUCCCUCCAUCCCAGUCUCUUCCAUCCACUGCUGCUUCCGCCACAGCCAGGACUCGGACAGGGUGCAGCUCCACGCAGAUGGGAUCCUGAAUUUCCUGAAGAACAACAAGCCCAUGGAUGCCCUGUGUGUCCUUGGACUUACCCUUCUCGACCUUUAUCCAUGCGAGACCUGGAGCUUCACAUUCAGCAAAUUCCUGCCAGGACAAGAAGUGGGAGUCUGCAGCUUUGCCAGGUUUUCUGGGGAUUUCCCCCAGGCUGGUUGUAGCAGCUUGAACCCACCCAUGCAGAAGGAAGAGCUGUGUGAAGUCAGCAAGGAGGGCAGAGACCGGACCUUGCAGUUCAGUGCCCAGGAGAUGGUCCAGUGCUGCAAGGUGACCUGUCACGAGAUCUGCCACCUGAUGGGGCUGGGGACAUGCCGCUGGCUGCAGUGCAUCAUGCAGGGCGCCCUGAGCCUGGACGAGGCGCUGCUGCGGCCCCUGGAGCCCUGCCCCAUCUGCCUGCGGAAGCUGCAGCACGUCGUGGGCUUCAAACUCAUCGAGCGCUACAGGAAGCUCUAUGCUUGGACACAGACCGUGCUGUCCACGUGGCCAAGGCAGGAGUCAGCAGAGCUGUCUGCCUCAGAGGACAUCCUCCCGUUCAGCUCCGACUCUGGGAUGUGCUGUGAGAACGACUCCGAGGCCGUGACCUCCCUGUCCGAGCCGCUGACCCCCGACACCUGCAGCCAGGGCCUGUCCAUCGGGCCGGAGCUGGAGCAGGACGAGCAGCAGAGCUCAGUGCCCGAGGGGCAGGGCCAGCCCCGGCUCCCUGGGCACACCAAGAGCACGGACACCAUCAAGGAUUACGAGCUGUGGCUGGAGAUGUGCAUUGCUGCCCUGGAGAGGAACGUCUCUGAGGAGGAACUGGCUCAAGUGGACAAGACAGUGGAUGCCCUGGCUAAGUGGGAAAUGUUUACAGGCCAGCUGCCUGCUAUAAGGAAGGACCUGCCCUUUGCUAGGGACAGCACUGGGCUACGCAAAGUCCUUGGAGACAAAUUUUCCUCCUUGCGGAGGAAGCUGAGUUCCAGAAAACUGUCCAAAGGGGAAUCAUCCCCUCAUCGCUGGCGGUGGGAGGACAACUAGCCCGGGGCAGCCUUGGGCCAGCUUUGCUCACGUCACUGGCUUCCAGCCUUCCUCACCCCAAGCCCUUGCUGUCUCAGAGAAACAGCAACUCCCCCCCCCAGGAAUAAAAGGUGUUUUGUUUUCUGAGAUUGCUAACACA